AUGGAGAAAAUGGGUUGCGAGGAGGAAAGGUUAGAUAUGAUUAUAAGAAGCUUACGUGAAAUGUCCGCAGAUCUGGACCAUCUCCUCCUUCUUGGAUCAGAUGUUAAGGACUUGAGCCGAAAUCUUGAUAAGUUUCUGUGA